GAGGCCAAGGGGGCGUUUGGGCAAAAAAGGUUCAGAACAGGCAUAGACGGACGCAUCUGUUGUCCGCCUGUCGGACUUGUUACAAUGAGACUUAAGGAUUUUUUCUGCUGCUGCCUACCUGCUCCUGGGGACAACUCCAAUUAUGACGAAAAAGGCUCACCAGGGAGCACUAAGGAAGAUACCAGCUACAAGAAGAAAUCUGGUAAAGGACUCUGGAAGAGGAUGACAACCCCAAGCAAGAAAAAACUCAGAAAAGAGGCCAAGAAGCUGAGACAUGAAAUGGCUGAUAGGAAGAGGAAGGAGGUCCAUGUCAUGGACAUCAUCUUGGAGGCCGAAGAUGAACCCAUGAUGAUCUCACAUCCACUUGUGUUGAGGAAGGAGACACCUGAGGAGAAUGUGGAGGACGAGAGAAUUGGGAACGUAGUCUUCCACAAGACCUUGGUCCAUGCUACCCAGCACAGCCAGGAUGUCGCUGGCCCAGUAGUGGGCAUACCUCAGGGAGAGACAGCCCAGGCCAAAGCUGAGUUUCCACUUAGUAUCGACGUACUGGAGAUGGUGUACACCAACUUGUCCUCGGGCAUCGACAUGGGUCUGCUGUGUCACCUGGUGCAACUUUCGAAGGACUUGCGCAAAGGAGACAGCUGCGGAGGUGAUCAGCCUUUCCAGAACGAUGAGCCUCCUUCGCCUUCGCUGGUCCCCACUGAUGGAGAGUUGAGUCAUCUGACCAUGCAUGAGGAGAAGGAGGAGAAACCCUUCCACCCCAUCACUUAUACAUCAAUACAGUCAGCAGCACCAGUACCCUUCUACUUCUCCUCCUCAUCCCACUCGCUCUGCCUUUACCCAAUCAUCCGCACCAUCACCUACGUAUGCCUCCCUCGCUCCCUCCCUGCCUUCAUCCUUCCCCUCAUCUCACCACCAUCCAUGUCGCCACCGCCAAAGGUGUAG